AUGCUGAGCAGCACUCUUCGGUCUUCGACCAGCCAGCUCCUUAGAGCUAGCUGUCGAAGUUCGAGAUGCGCCGCCCAAGCUACGAGAUGUUAUUCUCUUAGUUCCGCUCGCCGUCCUCUCGCCGUCGCCUCUCAGAUGAGACAUUCCUCGACCACCUCCACGCCCCCGUCUCCUAAUGACAACUUCCUGUCCGGUAAUACCGCGAAUUAUAUCGACGAGAUGUACCUACAAUGGAAGGAGGACCCGUCGAGUGUCCAUGUAUCGUGGCAAGUCUACUUCAAGAACAUGGAGAGUGGUGAUAUGCCUAUCCAGCAGGCCUUCACUCCUCCCCCAACUCUUGUACCUAGUGCAACGGGAGGUGUUGGCCCAACCGUAGGCUUGGGACCUAGUCAUGGUUCUGAUGUGACGAACCAUCUAAAAGUCCAAUUAUUAGUUCGCGCAUACCAGGCCCGUGGCCACCACAAGGCCAAUAUCGAUCCUCUUGGCAUUCGUAACGAACAAAAGGGAUUUACCAAUGUUAAGCCCAAGGAAUUGUCCCUCGAACACUACCAAUUUACCGAGAAAGAUCUUGAUAAGGAGUUCGAGCUCGGUCCUGGAAUCUUGCCGCGCUUCAAGCGAGAUGGCCGAGAGAAAAUGACUCUACGCGAGAUCAUCGCCGCUUGCGAGAAAAUAUAUUGUGGAUCGUAUGGCGUCGAAUUCAUCCAUAUCCCUGAUAGAGGAAAGUGCGAUUGGUUGAGAGAACGUGUUGAGGUUCCUCAGCCAUUCAAGUACUCGAUUGAUGAGAAGCGCCGAAUUCUCGACCGCUUAAUUUGGAGUUCUAGUUUCGAGUCUUUCUUGGCCACCAAGUACCCCAACGACAAGCGAUUCGGUCUGGAAGGUUGCGAGACUCUCGUACCGGGUAUGAAGGCGCUUAUCGACCGAAGUGUCGAUUACGGUGUAAAGGACAUCGUCAUUGGAAUGCCUCACCGUGGGCGUCUCAACGUACUCAGCAAUGUCGUCCGCAAGCCGAACGAAUCCAUCUUCAGCGAAUUCGCAGGUACGGCUGGUGCCGAAGAUGAAGGGUCUGGCGAUGUCAAAUACCAUCUAGGAAUGAAUUUCGAGCGACCUACCCCAUCUGGCAAGCGAGUACAGCUUUCUCUAGUUGCCAACCCCUCGCAUCUUGAAGCCGAAGACCCGGUUGUGCUAGGAAAGACCAGGGCCAUCCAGCACUACAAUAACGACGAAUCGACACAUCGAACCGCCAUGAGCGUGUUGCUGCAUGGUGACGCUGCUUUUGCCGCCCAGGGUAUCGUAUACGAAUGUCUCGGUUUCCACUCCCUGCCGGCAUUCUCAACCGGCGGAACGAUCCACCUAGUCGUGAACAACCAGAUUGGUUUCACUACCGAUCCCCGAUUUGCCCGCUCAACUGCGUACUGUACGGAUAUUGCUAAGGCCAUCGAUGCACCUGUCUUCCAUGUUAAUGCCGAUGACGUUGAGGCUGUCAACUUUGUCUGUCAAUUAGCUGCAGAUUGGCGCGCCGAGUUCCAGUCGGACGUUGUCAUCGAUCUUAUCUGCUACCGCAAGCACGGUCACAACGAGACUGACCAGCCAUCCUUCACUCAGCCCUUGAUGUACAAGCGCAUUAGUGCAAAGGACCCCCAGAUCAACAUCUACGUCGAAAAGCUACUUCAGGAUGGCACAUUCACAAAGGAGGAUGUCGAGGAGCACAAGCAGUGGGUCUGGGGCAUGUUGGAGGAAAGUUUCACUAAGUCGAAAGACUACCAGCCGACAUCGAAGGAAUGGACCACCUCUGCUUGGAACGGCUUCAAGUCGCCCAAAGAAUUGGCCACCGAGGUAUUGCCACACAUGUCGACGAGUGUCGAUCAGAAGACUUUGGAACACAUUGGUGAGGUCAUCGGCUCUGCUCCCGAAGAGUUCCAACUUCACCGCAACCUGAAGCGUAUUCUCCAAAACCGCACGAAGUCGGUCCUUGAGGGUAAGAACAUUGAUUGGUCGACUGCCGAAGCUCUCGCCUUCGGUUCGCUCGUCACCGAAGGCCACCACGUCCGUGUCUCUGGUCAGGAUGUAGAGAGAGGCACAUUCUCUCAGCGCCACUCUGUCUUCCACGAUCAAGAAAAUGAAAGCACGUAUACUCCCUUACAGAACAUCAGCAAGGACCAGGGCAAAUUCGUCAUCUCCAACUCUUCGUUGAGCGAGUAUGGCGCUCUGGGCUUCGAAUAUGGUUACUCUCUGUCUUCUCCUAAUGCGUUGGUCAUGUGGGAGGCUCAAUUUGGUGACUUCGCCAACAACGCACAGUGUGUCAUCGACCAGUUCAUCGCUUCCGGUGAAGUUAAGUGGAUGCAGCGAACUGGUCUAGUUAUGUCUCUUCCCCACGGUUAUGAUGGACAAGGUCCCGAGCAUUCCUCUGGACGUAUAGAGCGAUAUCUACAGCUCUCCAACGAAGACCCACGUGUGUUCCCGUCGCAGGAGAAGCUUGAUCGCCAACACCAAGACUGCAACAUGCAGAUCGCCUACAUGACAACCCCCGCGAACUUGUUCCACGUUCUUCGCCGACAGAUGCACCGACAAUUCCGAAAGCCCCUUAUAAUCUUCUUCUCCAAGUCCUUGUUGCGACACCCCUUGGCCCGUUCUAACAUCGAGGAGUUUACGGGACCCAACGCCCAUUUCCAAUGGAUCAUUCCCGACCCCGAGCAUGAGGCCGGAACUAUCAAGUCUCCGGAGGAGAUUGACCGUGUUAUCCUAUGCACUGGUCAGGUAUGGGCAACGCUUCACAAGUACCGUGCUGACAACAAGAUCGACAACGUCGCUCUCACCCGAAUUGAGCAGCUGAACCCCUUCCCAUGGGAACAGCUCAGGGAGAACCUUGACAUGUACAAGAACGCCAAGACGAUUGUCUGGUGUCAGGAGGAGCCUCUCAACGCUGGUGCAUGGAGCUUUACGCAACCACGCAUUGAGACUCUACUGAACCGUACCCAAUACCACGACCGUAAGCACGUUAUGUACGCCGGGCGAAACCCUUCGGCAUCGGUUGCCACCGGUCUCAAGGCUGCCCACAAGAAGGAAGAGGAAGAGCUGCUGGACAUGGCGUUCACUGUUUCGCAGGACAAGCUAAAGGGCGAGUAA